AUGAGUUUUCUUGCCAGACGAGUGGGGAGUUCUGUAAGGUGGUACAGUCGUUACCUUCAGACAACGUAUAAUCCGGCGAGUAAACUGUUGAAGCGACCAGAAUUCGAACCCAGAUCACUUUUUGUCAUCGCCACUCCACAGCAUAUAGACAAUUUGCUGACUGAGUUGGGAAGCAUCAGUUCCGAGUAUGAACAACUUCAGAUAAUUGCAGCAUCCACAGACAGCAUACCCUCCGGGGGUACCCAUCGAGAUGGUGUUUCACAAAUGUGGCUGGAUGAGUACAUCACUGUCAAUGAUUCAGUUCGAUUGGAAGAACGUGAUGACAAUUUAGAAGACAACACCGGCGAGGAAAGUAACGGUGUUAUACCAGUAAGGGCCAACAGGCCCUGGAAGAAGAUGCAAACCAGAUUACAGGUUAACCUUCACAAUAGUGACAAUGGCAUUUCAACUAUCACUACGAGUCUCGCCAACAGUGCGUUUUACUUCAGAGACUUGUGUUUUAUGUUCUAUACCAGAAGCCAUGGCGCAGAUCAGCUAAUCAAUGCCAACCACAACUUGGCAGAAUUGACACUGACUCUACCGAAGCAAAUAAGGCCAACGGGCUUUAGAUCGUGGAACAAGCUAGAACAAUUGAGUUUUGAUGAGGAUCUGGCCGUUACUGAACAUAACCAUAACUUGAUAAAACGAAUCAACGGGCAAUCUGCUGCUGGAUAUUUGGAGAAUUGCAAGAGAAUAAUGAACCUGGGGUCCAAAGAUACCAAAAUAUUCAUCGAAUUAAGCAAUUCAUCCGUCCAAUCUGAACCCCGACUCUAUGAGGUUGUAGCAGGAGGAGGAGGGUGGGGAGAGAAAGGUAAAAUGUUGGCUAUCAGCGCUGGUUGUGAGAUCAAUACCGGAGAUUCGGUGAAAUUUUUCAUGCUGCAUCCAGAAGAAAGAUAUAAAGGAUUGGCUGUCCCAUUGGAUGUCCAGAAUGCCUCCGGUCUGUUUGUGGAGACCACAGUUGAAGAGAAGGAGUAUCGUGAUGCCCAACACGAAGAAGAAAGGGUUAUACAAAACCAGUUCGGGUUUGGAAGCGAGCUGGGGUACACAAUCAAUGGUCUCCAGUAUAAUGCCGGAGGGUCAUUGACGUGGAUUGAACUGGAAUAA